AUGAGAGCUGUUGUGCUUGCCCUGACUGUAGCCAUUGUGGCAAGUCAACAGAUCAACCUUGUUCCUGAUUUUCCCCUCUAUAAGACCUAUGUGUACAAGUAUGAGGCUCUACAGGAGAGAAUCAUACAGGACAUUGGCUUGGCAUACACUGAGAGAUGUGCUGAAUGUACUUAUGAAGUCAAGAGUCUGAUUGAAACUGCGAGUUACAAUUACAUCAUGAAACCAGCAGCCACCGGAGUACUAAUCGCUGAGGAAACAGUUGAAGAAGUGCAUUAUUUUUCACCCAUCCAUGAGAUCCAUGAUGCAGCAAUGAUGGAAGCAAAAAACACCUUGGCUUUUGUUGAGAUUGAGAUGGCCCCCAUUGUUCCAAUCAAAGCUGAUUACUUGGCCCGUGGAUCCCUGCAGUAUGAGUUUGUAACUGAGAUUCUUUAGACUCCCAUUCAACUAAUGAAGAUCAGUGAUGCACCAGCCCAGGUAUAAUGAAUUAAUUGAAAUCUUAAAAAUCUUUUAAGCCUUUGAUCCAUGUUGAAGACAUCAACUGAGUGUUGCUCCCACUCUCUCUAGAUUAUUGAAGUCUUAAAGCCCUUUGUUGAAAACAAUGUGGCCAUGGUCCAUGAUGAUGCUCCCCUUAAGUUUAUUCAGCUCAUCCAGCUUCUGUGUGUUGCCACCUUAGAAAGCAUAGAGGCUAUCUGAGCUCGGUUCAAACUCCGAUAUUUAAUAAAUAAAUAAAACAUUAUUAUGCACAUUUUCGUCCAAAAAUAUACUAACCUUGUUUUCUGAAUUAGGUUCAGCCAGUGGCCCUUGUAUUGUGUUGUUUGAGACCAAGCCAUCGGUGGCUCUCAUUUCCAGUCUUGCUGGUACUCUGAAGAUUGAGACUAACAUGCAUGUCGUGAGCUUUGCUUAUUCUCAUAUUAAGUCCUUGACCAGAAUCACUGCCCCUGUUAUGGCAGCCGUGUAAGAACAACAAUUCAUUUUUCAUAUAUUUACUUUACCACAUCAUAUGAGCACUGUCAUGAUCCGGUUAUUUGUCUUCUGUUAAUUCACCACCAGAGGUCAUCAUCCACAACACAGACUCUCACGCUACACACCUGGACUGCAUUUCCCAUGCUCCCUUGCACCAAUCACCAGUCAACAAUAACACAUGCACCUGAGACCAAUUACACACAGCACAGCACAAUCAGACUCGCUUUAUGAGCAUUUGACUUCCUUUCACACACUGCUGAGUUAUGUUCUGCAUUAAUUUCUCUCUUAGUAAUACAUAAGCUGUUCUGUGUUAGUUUCUAGUUUUCAUAGUCUUGUUUCAGUUCCUUGUUUUCAUAUUCUUGUCUCUGUUGCUAGUUUUCUUAGUAUAGUUUUUUUCUUGCCUUGCCGUGUUUUGACCCUUUUGCUCUGGAUACUGGAUUACCCCUCUUACUUAGCCCUCUGGAUAUUGUUUGCUCAUCGAAGACCCACGCUUGCCCUAGGAAUAUUCUUUGUCUUGCUCUCUAUAUACCUGUUUGCCAGUGUUUGUCAAGUCUUGUCUGUUGGACCCAGAGCCUGGAUGUCAGCUUUUCAGAGUCCCAAACUGGCAUCCAGCCUGGAGGAUCCACCGCUGCUGUCAGUCAUGGCUAUGGAGGCCGUUUUUGAACUCUCUUCUGUGUUUCCUGCCUUGGUCUCUGAGACCGGGAAUGCACUGCAUGUAUUUGUUCCUGAAUGCACUGCUGCUGUGAGAUAAUUAAGUCUUAGUGAUGUCAGUGUAUUAAAGUUAUUUGUUGUAACUGC